AUGGCAUCGACAUCUGUCUCACAGCAACUCAUAGCUGAACCUGAUUCAGAAUUCUUACAAACAAACGUUCAGGAAGCGAUACCUUUACAAAACUAUUUGCGUGAACGUUUAUUGGAUAUCCGUACACGUAACUAUUCCAAUACAGGUAUCGCUGAUGCCAAAGCGAUUGAAAAGAUCUCUUCGGAAUUUGAAAUUCUGGUCUUUGGACCAGCACGUGUUGGAAAAUCAACACUCAUACGAGAACUGUCAGGUGACGAACAGAUACGUACGAGUGCAGGUUUAAACGCAUGCACACAAACAACAACAGCGUAUGCAGAUCAAUUCGGUGUUCGAUGGUGGGAUACGCGUGGUAUCGAACAAUGGACAGAAGCGGAAGCUCGAUCUUUCCUAAAAGACAAAUUCCUUGAUCGUCAUAUUCUUCCUCGCGCAGCCAUAUUUUGCCGUACAUCGGGCGCUUUAGCAAAUACCUCCGUUUUAAAAUUUUUAUUUCAUCAAUUCGAAUCCAAUGGUAUUCCAUUAUACUUCGUUGUUACCCGAUGGCUGUUUCUACCACGACGUGAACAAAUCUGUAUCGUUGACGAAGCCAUUGACUUACUGGGUGGUCAAGCGACCGGAAUUUAUCCAUCAAAAGCCAAAGAAACCAAUUUAACUUCUCAGCAAGUGGAAAUCAUCGCACCAUCGUCAGGCGUCGGCUGUUUUGGUUCUCGCCGGUCACCACAUUCUCUUCUAGCAAAUGCAUCCGUUCCUAUUCCACCACCUGCGCUUCCUCGUUAUCGGGCACUCGAAUGCAAACCUGACGUUUCCUAUAUCGUUCCAGUGAAUUCAUGUCUCGAUCAGUUGGGUGAUACAGCGACCGGUACAUCAUUUCCGGUCAUGAACCUUGCACUACUUCGGCAAUUGAUUAUAGCGAAAACUUGCCGAGGCGACGAUCGAGAGCAGAAACUGGUUGACUUAUACAAAAAUCAAAUGUCUCUUUUAUCUACGAUUGGCUAUCAUGCAUUCGAAGUCUUAGACGACCUUGGUUACGGCGCAUCGUCGUUUGGAUUGAAUAAAAAAGAAGAAGAAACUUAUCGUGCUCUGAAACAAGGUGGAAGAAAUCAACACAUGGCGACACCAGUCGUUAAAGCAGUGAUCGAUAAAGUAACAAGUACAAUAUCACUUCCCAUGACUUUAGUUUCGUUAACACGACCUAUGAUGUUGGCAAACACUCAGCACUGA